CAAGCUAACAGCUAACGUUAACAAGCUAACAGCUAACGUUAACAAGCUAACAGCUAACGUUAACAGCUAACGUUAACAAGCUAACAGCUAACGUUAACAAAGAUAACAGCUAACGUUAACAAGCUAACAGCUAACGUUAACAAGCUAACAGCUAUAUUACAUUAUUUUGAAUGAUGUCAUGGCAUUGGAAUUUUUGGGGGUUUUAGCGCCACCUAGUGUCUUUCUAGUGAGGAAACACUCAUUAUUAAUCCUGCCUUUUAUUUUGAUACUUACCUUCAGCUGAUGUAACAUCCUGUGAUGUCAAAUCUAGCUAGAAGUAGGAAGUUCAUUACUUCAGUUGAGUCAGAACAUGCCAAGGUGAAGAGAUGCUCAUCCUUGAAGGACGUUCUUGCCCUUGUUAAGGCUUUGCUUAGCAACAUGUCGGACAUCAGAGAAAAAGACGUAGAAGAGGAGGAAGAGGAGGAAGAGGAAGUGACAUGUGAGCCACUCCCCCCCCCGCCAUCCACUGUUGCCAUGGAGAGGAUUGUGAGGAGGCAGGACCUGGUGUGCAUCAUCUGCUUCGGCAGCUACGACCUCACCACGCGGUUACCACGGCGACUUCACUGCGGACACGCCUUCUGUCAGGCAUGUUUGAGGAGGCUGGACACGGUCAUCAACGAGCAGGUGUGGAUCCCGUGCCCUCAGUGCCGGCAGAACACCCCUCGGCCGCGGGGGGGGGCAGCAGGUCUGGAUCUGGACCUGGUCUCCUUCCUGGGGGUGAAGGCACAGCAGGCAGUUCCCCCCUUGCUGUCCUCCCUGAAGGGGGGGCUAGACAGGAAGCCCUGGCUUGGGAAGGAGGCCCCCCCCGAGGACGGCUGGGCUCAUGGAGGACUGGCAGAGCCGCGUUUCCAUCGUUACGGCAACUGCUGCCCACCGCCCUCCUAUUGGCUGUGCUGCUGGUUCUGCUGCCAGGGACGGGGCUAG